AUGGCUGAACAACACGAUGGCACACGUGUGCCGUCUGACAACUUUCGAGAUCCCGAUCGUGAGCUCGCAACAAUCGACGAUGGUGACACAUUUUCAAAGUCACAAGAUGCCGAGUCGGCCAUCGAUAAAUUCUUAAAUGCCUAUCGUCACCCGCUCGACCGAGAACUUCGAGAGCAGCCGAAACUGACGCACCCAGUGGUGGUACCUCAGCGAAGGCCCGGCCACAAAGAACGUGGCUUCGUCAAGGCAUAUGCACCCGCGUUACAAGAGCAUGACAUUAGUCAAGAGGCCUUUUUUGACUUCAUAAAAUUAGUCAACCAGGCGGUCCAGCAAAACAAGUGGCUCGUUGCUAUCCAGCUGGCUGCAGUCGGAACCUCUUUCGUGCCCAGCAACAUAGCCUUGGGGGUUUCAGUUGCUGUGCAAUUCAUUGCCGGUGCAAUUGCAGAGGCGGAAGCUAAGUGGAGGUGCGUCCGCGCCUACUUGCAAAUUUACGAGAGUUAUUGUGCUGAUUCGCAGCACAAUCCUAGAACCAAUUCCUUUUUGGAUCGUAUCAACCGAGAGUAUUUUCGCCCCCGUGGACUUUAUUGCCUGCUCAUGUCUUACGACCCUAUCGCCAUGGAACAGAAGGAAAGCGUAGAAGAGGUCGACGCCAUCUCGCGAUCUAUGCUUCCGGAGUCUUCGUCGGAAUCGCGAUCGAAGCUGAUGGACCGCGCAAAGAGGAACCUGCGCAAUCCAGUGGCCGCCACUACCGAGGGUGAAGGCAACCUUCCAAGCAAGGCAGCCGCUUUGGUCUACCGGGAUGAGCAAAAGUCAGCUUCGCCCAAUGGAUCCGAUAUCAAAAAGGUGUUUCGCCUUAACAACUACCUUGAUCGACGAGCACAGGCGCGAUAUGCGAAAGAAAGCAAAGGGGAUGUCCUCUCAAAUCCUCAUGUGCGGAGCUUCAAGAACCGAUACCUUGACCCCAACUCCUCUGCAAGCAAUGGCGGCCUUUUGGGCUUCUUGUCUGGCGGGCUCCUGACACCCAACAUCGAAAGAAGCAUGCAAGCAAUCCAAACGCAAUACGCGAUCCAGGAGCAGGCCAUUCAAGACCAGCAAAGACUCAUGACAGAUGCCCUGCAGCAGCAGGCUCACAGCAUGGGUCUCAGUGUAGAGCAAGAACAAGCUUUUCUCCGACAAUACCAAGAUGCUUACGACUCGCAGCUGCGACAGAUGCAGGAACAGGUAAAGAUGCUGAAGAACGGGCAACUCCAGCGUCGUAUUGUUCGUAACAUCCUUUACCUAAUGAUUGUCAACAUGCCUUCCGAAACGGAGAUGGCGGCGGCACGUGUGCAGGUCAACAAAAAGCGACCUGGCCCUACCGACAGUUUUCAAUUCGAAUCUCUCGAGGUGUAG